AUGGACACAAACACUUUGCCAACCACCUCAGCAACUACAAUCACGGAAACAACCACCAGCAUUGAGUCAAAAUUAGAGAAUUUAGAUAUAAAUAAAGAAAAUAAUAAUAAUAAUAAUAAUAACGAAAAUAUAGUCGAUGAUCAAACAACAACAAAACUAUCUAAAGGUCAAAAAAAAAGAUUAAAAGAAAAAGAAAAGAAAUUAAAACAAAAAGAAAAUGAAUUAAAUGAACAAGAUUCAUCAUCAUCAUCAUCAUCACCAUCAACAGAAUCAGCUCAAGCAACAACUAUUACAACUGCUACAACUACACCAAAACCAAAAGCAAAAGCAGAACCAAAAAAAGAAGAAACUGCCGAAGAAAAAUUUAAUAGACAAAUUGAAUGGGCAAUAUUUCAAUUAAAAUUAGGUCAACAAAGAAGAGAUACAACUAAAGAACAAUGGAAAGAAUCAGAAUCAAUUAUUGUAAAAUUACAAUCAGAUAAAGUAUUGGAUGGAAAGAAAGCACAAUUAAUGAGUUCAGUAUUUGGUAAAAAUUUAGAUUUAGUAAUGAAAAAAUAUCCAAUGCCAAAGCAACCCGUAAAAAAACCAAUUGAAAAUAAAAAUUCAAAUACUACUACUACAACUACAACUAUUACAACAUCAACAGCAUCAUCAGUAGAAUCUACUACACCAACAAUUGAAACCAGUAAUUAA